AUGCAAUUUUUCUUUCCUUGUGACCAAGACUUCUCUCCAACUCUAAACCAAAAAACACCCAGAUUUUUUCUCUCUGAUUUCAAGAUUCCCCAAAACUUUUUCUCCAAGACCCUCUACAACUUUCUUGAUGGCGGUAGGAAUCUUUGGAUUGAUCCCAAGCUCAUCACCAGACGAGCUAAGGAAGAUUCUUCAAGCGCUUUCGACGAAAUGGGGAGACGUAGUUGAGGAUUUUGAGAGUCUUGAAGUGAAGCCAAUGAAAGGAGCGAUGACUAACGAAGUGUUCAUGGUUAGUUGGCCUAGAAAAGAAACGAAUCUUCGAUGUAGGAAGCUUCUUGUUCGUGUUUAUGGUGAAGGUGUUGAGCUUUUCUUCAAUAGAGACGAUGAGAUUCGUACUUUUGAGUAUGUUGCUCGUCAUGGUCACGGUCCUACACUUCUUGGUCGCUUCGCCGGCGGUAGAGUCGAAGAGUUUAUCCAUGCCCGGACACUAUCGGCAACCGAUCUUCGUGAUCCGAACAUAUCAGCUCUUGUUGCAUCUAAGCUAAGAAGAUUUCACAGCAUACACAUUCCUGGAGAUAGAAUUAUGCUCAUCUGGGACAGGAUGAGGACUUGGGUAGGACAAGCCAAGAAUCUAUGUUCAAAUGAACAUUCAACAGAGUUUGGUCUAGACGACAUUGAAGAUGAAAUCAACCUGCUGGAACAAGAAGUGAACAAUGAACAAGAGAUUGGCUUCUGUCACAAUGACUUGCAGUAUGGUAACAUCAUGAUUGAUGAAGAAACCAAUGCAAUUACUAUCAUUGUAAGUCUCUUACUCAUAACCACAAAUCUUCUUAACAUUUUUUCUUUCUUUCAGAAUGGGGGAAAAAAGUUUAAAACCCAUUUUUACGAUACGAUUUAACUCGAGGUAAAACAAUAUCAUCACCCAUUGAUGAACAUGAGACUUCUCAUUUAUCUGUCUAAUAAUUUGUGUGAAAAUGGAUUUAAACAGGAUUAUGAGUAUGCAAGUUAUAAUCCGAUCGCUUACGACAUAGCAAAUCAUUUCUGUGAAAUGGCGGCAGAUUAUCAUUCAAACACUCCUCAUAUCUUGGACUACACUCUAUAUCCAGGGGAAGAAGAAAGGAGGAGAUUCAUAUGUAACUACUUAACCUCUUCAGGUGAAGAAGCAAGAGAAGAAGACAUAGAACAACUUUUGGAUGAUAUUGAGAAGUAUACAUUGGCAAGCCAUCUCUUCUGGGGUUUAUGGGGAAUCAUAUCUGGUUAUGUGAACAAGAUUGAGUUUGAUUAUAUCGAGUAUUCGAGGCAGAGAUUCAAACAGUAUUGGCUUCGCAAGCCAAAGCUUUUAUCUUUCUUCCCAUCCUAAUAAGUAAAUUCUCUGUUUACUUAUGUUUACUCUUUGCGAAUAACGCGGUAAAAACCCGAUGAUGGAUCCAUGAUAUAGCUAUGCCAAAGCUAAAACUAUGUGUAAUUCUUCUGUUCUGAACUUCUGAUACUAUGUAAUAAGUAAAAGAUAUAAAUAUUCCAUACUAUAAUAUUUCCACAAUAAUGAGAAAAGACUAA